ACUCCUGAGUUUAAAGCUAAUAAUCCUAGUGACCGGUGUGCGUCCCACACGCAUUCAUUCUCUUUCUGUUUCUCUGUCUUUCUCACACGUUCAGGACGACGUACAAACCCAUUAAAGAAGAGGAGAACUGCACUUAAUCGCACUUUUAUUUCUGUUUGUUGUGUGUUUUCUGUGGGAUAAUUCUCGGCUAAUGUGAUGGUAUCGUGGCUCAUCAACACUGGAGGGAUUUUUUUAGGAACUUUUGUUUUGUUUUACCUCAAAUGCUCCGAGUCUAAUGCUUUUAUUUAGCCAAAAUUUUGAUAUUUUUUUUUCUUUGGUCAACAGAUAUCUAAGAUAAGACUUUAUUUUAUAACAUUAAUGUAUAUAUUUAAAAUAAUAAUAAUAAUCAUUUAGCAUUUAAAGCCGUUUAUGUCCUAGACGCGAAAAUUCACCCGGUUAAAUGCAUCUAUUCUUUCUGUCAUAUUCACGAGCGGGUUAUUGUAAACUAGUAUAGCUUAUAAAUGCUAUUUAUCAUUUAAGUAUAUGUGCAGGUGCUCUAAUCGUUUGAGUAACUCGUUUAUUCAUAUUAAAUGAGGUUGUUGAUGAAAGGGGAGGACUGCCCGGUCCCAUUCCGCUCACUGAACACAACCCUUCAGUGUUUUUUCGUUUUAAACGAUCACUGUCGAUACAUUUAGACAUUUUCCCGUUUGUUAUAAGUCUUUAUGAGUCUGUGUGGAGGAUUUCAGCCUUUAGUGAUCUUGUCUAUGUCGCUGUCGUGGCGGUUGAAGUGAGAUUUACGACCUCUAUUCCACCAUCCGUGUUUCCACCCACCGUUCGUGAACUUUCGUUUUUGCCUGUUUGUGAAGGUGUUUUAUUAGUCAAUACUAGGAAGGAAAGUGGCGUUGUUGUCUUGGGAUGCGGAAGGGAUAGGUGGGGCUGAGGGUAAACAUGUUUAAGGGAUUAAAGUGAGUGGGGUCAGUCAUCAUGUCGUCUACGGAGGAUGUUUUCUCCUGGGUGGGUGACUGGCAGUGGCUUUGCAUGGUCACUCUCUUUCUGGCCUCUGUUGUCACUUUGAUUAUAUACUUGGUGCUGUAUUUUUCCAAUGAACCUGGUAGUGAAACACCUCUAAGUCAUGUGGAUUCAGAGGAAGCUGAUGGGAUUUUAAAUUGGGUGCUGUCUUUGAAAAGCUGGAAGACUCAGUGGAGAAGCGCCUGGUUUAGGAGCCUUAAUGAAGAAGCUAGGAGAUCACAGAGCGGGAUUCAGCUGACCUUUGAAGAGGAUGGUUUCCAGUCAUCAGAACUGGCCGUGGGCCAAAUUUCAAGCUUUACAAAAACACCAGGUCAAAAGAAUGUCCUUUGUCAGGUGGUUGGAAACAAGCUGCAGUUUUAUCUCCGUGCUUUACUAAGCUCAACGUCUUCAGAAACCCCCCUGAGAUACAGUGUAAAAAUAUCCCCACUUCAUCUGCAGCUGGCUCUACAGAUGAAAGAGGUGAACAGGGAAGUGGAGGUUUCCUGGGGGGUGCUUCACCUUGACUCUGUGGAAUUGCAGCUCAUGCCAUGUUUUACAGAGGGAGAUUCUGAUGGUCUAAGUGAAGCCGCGGUGAGAGACAGGCUCAGACAGGUCUUGAGUAGAGCUCAACCAUCAGUAACUCUGAGCAGCCGGCCUGCAGAUUCUGCAGAAGUCAAGGAAGUAAGGAACAAGACCUCACAGGUGACCUCACCCCCCAAGCCCCCACGAGCUCAUGAAUGGAAACUGUUAGUGAAGAACAUCCGGGUCACAUGCAAACACGAGGAUAGUGCUGCAGGCAGCAUGAAUCCCCAGUGUAUCCUCCAGUUGGAUGAUCCUCCUCAAAAGGCCACCAGUUCAGUCUUGACUAACACAUCAACCCCGGCCUGGGACCAACCCUUCAUAUUUGAGCUCAGCGGUCGGUCAAAGGAGCUGAAGAUCCAGGUCGUGGAUAACGCCAAACCUCGGGAGAGUGGUUUGUUAGGACAGGUAUCUGUGCCUUUUGAUCUGGUGAGGAAACAACCCGAAGGUCAACAUGCUUUUUCUCUCAUGACCAAAGAUCAAGUGACUGGCUCACUAGCUACUGAGUUCACGUACCUGGAGCCCAGUGAGGUGCGUAGCUGGCAGACACCCACACCAGCCCCUACUAAGAGAGUAGAGAUGGACCGCACUGUGAUGCCAUGUGGGACUGUCGUCACCACUGUCACAGCUGUCAGGAGCAAACCAGGACGACCCUUACCACCUGAAUCAAAAUCUCCAUUUAAAAAUAAGCUGGCAGAGAGAAGGGUGUCCGAGCAGCCAUCGAUACUUGGUGCCAAAGUUAGCAAAGCCCUCUCAUCAUCAGAUACAGAGUUAUUGAUGCUAAAUGGGACCGACCCUGUAGCUGAGGCUGCUAUAAGGCAGCUCCACGAGUCUGCAAAACAGAAGCUCAAAUCUCCCGUCAAAAAGAGUACCAUUAUCAUAUCAGGAGUGGCCAAGGCCCCUCUCACACAGGAUGAGGAAAUGGCUCUAAUGGCAGGAUAUGCAGCUGCAAUGGAUGCUUCCAUGUCUGGUGCUUCGGAGGGCACCAACAGUGAAACACUCCCCUCAGAAGCAGUGGUGGAACCCAGCACUGUUAUACCCACAGAAUCACUAGUGGGUGCAAAUGGAACAGACCACCAUGUGGAUGACUGGGAGAACCAGGCCGGAGAGGACCCCGAUGCAGACAAAACCUCUCUGUCCUACUGUAUCUCUGAAACCGGCUCCAAAAAAGGAAAAGGAAGCUUCUUGCACAAGAGUGCCAAACUAUUCUUCAGACGGCGACAUCAGCGGAAGGAACCUGGCAUGAGUCAGUCCCACAAUGACCUUCAGUAUUUGGAGAAUCCUGAUGUGGCCAUGAUGGGUGACAGGGAAAAGAGGACGGCCACCUUCAGACGCAUCAUCAACCGCAAGCUGCUGCCCAGGAGCAAGAGCAAAGCCAACGGCACAAUGAGGGAACCGCCUACGUUAACUUAAUGCUCGUCUUCAACACAUUUGAGAAAGUCCAUGCCUACAAUUUCUCCUUGGUUGUCCUGCCAAUAAUCUCCUUCACCGAAACUAAUAGCUUACCUCUUUACAUCUUUAACCUCUUCCUCUUCAUUUAUGCUUAUUCCUUUAACUUUUAUGCAAAGAGUGAUCUCGAUUCCUGGCCUUGUUCGCCAAUACCCCUGCAUCCCAACAAUCACCUUCUUGCCAAGAGAUGCCCAACACCCACAAACCCUUCUAAAAAUAUAUCUCAAUAAUCAGAUAUGUCUGAUGCCACCUUCCCAGAUUCCAUUACAUUAUUCAGACUCCUUAACUUGAUCAACUCUAUGAUCUCCUUAAUUUUAGCCUAUGCAGAUGCAUCUCUCCAUUCAAGAUGAGGGACAGAGAGAUUGUUCAAAGGUUGUUGUUUUUUUUUUUUUUUGCUGUAUUUUUUUUACAUUCCCUACUCUUGUUCAGUCAAGCUUUAGCUUUUAUCUUUGAAUGGAUGUGUGUAUAUGCAAGAAAGUUUACAGAACUGCAGAACUAAGUCGCUGUGCUAUCACUCAAGACUCUAAAUGAGUCAUUUUGCUAACUUUAUGCAAACCGUGAUCGUCAUGCAAAAGAUAUUUGGCAUUUAUGGCCUUUUAACCAAAGCAGCGUAUGAGGACAACCCUCUCUUGUUAUCUACCUGAGCUUUUAACCCUCUGGAAACCGUCUGACGACUUGAUUGUGUCUGGGAUAGAAGAGGAAAUACCAUCAAUUUGAUUUGCACUUUUUUUGUAUUCUCUGAACGGUUUCAAAUUGCGUUCAUAAUGCAGUGAAUUCUGCAGGGUCUGGCAGAAAUAAGCAUUGAGAGUGGUUUAAACUGAUCUAGAACUCUGCCUUAGUGUUAUUUGAAAAAUUUAGUUUUAAGGGAGACAGGUUUGCUAAUUGCUUUAAUAAUUUAAAAAAGGAUCUUAAUCUUAACACUAAGCAAAGACAUUUUCACAUAGAGAAAGACCAGACUGCAAGAGCAUUGGUCUCUUGAAUUUAGCUGUUAAAAAUGUUCACGAUUCAAAAGUUUGGUUAUUGUGUUUGGUGUUUUCUUUUAUUCUAUGAUCUGUUCUCAUAAGCCACCUGAAAAGCCUCAACCGAUGAGCCUGUGUCCAGAACUGCAGUGGAUUUGCUAUGGGAGAUCCAGGAACAGGUUCCGCUUGACCAUUACUUGAACUGAAAAUUAUGCAUAUGUUGAAAAACCUGAUUGCCUGUCCAUUCUGAAUGUUGCCAGAAAGAAACCUCAGCAGUCUGGCUGUUCACUUCAUAUUACUUCAUAUUUGGGGAGGACUACUGUUAAUGUGAUUGUUUAGAUUUUUUUUUUUUUCUGUCUAUUUUGUAAUUUGUGUGUUGCCAUGCACAGCAUGACUAUUCUUAACUGUUCAUUGUGAUGCAUUUCAUUAUAUAUAGUCACAAAAUGAAACAGAGGUAUUUUCCAACAAAAUGGAAAAAGGCACAUGAAGACAUUUUAUCCUGCUUGAUUGGCUAUCCUGUGGUGAUCUAUACAUUUAUAAAAAAAAAAUCUGAUGAAGUCAGUUCUCUGUAUAUGCAUAUCACCAUAGUGUAACCACAUGCAUUGAGGAACUUAAUGUGUAUACAACCAGAUUAGUUAAUGCCAUUAUGUAUGAUAAUCAUUGAAAAACUGUUGCUCCCCCUAACAUGUUUACCUGCAAAAUAAUUAACAUCACACAUGCUUAUGGCCUAUACAGCAUUUUGUGUCUGCUCUGCACUUGUUAAAUACAUAAAACCUUGGAGGCCUGUGUAUAAUGAAUAGUAACCUGUGCUAUGCAGGGAUUAUCUUGAUUAACAUAUCAUCUUUGUUGGUUUGAGCAAUAAAUACUGCCUGAACACA